AUGUGGUUGUCGCAUCCUACUUUUCUGGAAGAAGUUCAAAAAUGCUGGUCUGAGUAUAUAAAUGGAGAUUCUUCUUUUGUUUUUCAAAGUAAAUUGAAGAGGUUGAAAAAAUAUCUUCAAGAGUGGAAUUGGAAGGUAUUUGGUAAUAUUCAUGUUCAAAUAAAGGAUGCUGAAAGAAAAGUUCAAUACGCAUUGCUGAACUCAGACAAUAAUCCUUUUAAUUCUGAAGUUUUAGGUAAAUUGGUAGAAGCUCAGAAUGUAUAUGAAUCAAAGGAAGUUCCACUUAAUACCAUGCUGAAUCAAAAGUCUAGAAUCAGAUGGGUUAAAGAGGGAGCAAGAAACACUAAAUUUUUCCAUACUAAUCUCAAGAUAAGACAGUCCAGAAACUUUAUUUGUGAGCUUGAAGAUACUAAUAGGGACAUUUUUUCUGAUCCAAAGAAAAAUGCAGAUGUUUUAGUUCAACACUUUGAGAAGAAAUUUGAAUUUAAAGAAGUUGAAAAUGUGGAUUCCUUAUUUGAUGGCAUUCCAACAGUAAUAACUCAAGAAGACCAAGAAAUUUUGGAUGAAGUUCCAAAUGAAGAAGAAAUCAAAACAACAUUUUUCAAUAUGGAUCCUGACAGUUCUUCAAGGCCAGAUGUUUUUCUGGGCGCUUCUUAUAGAGCAUGUUAG